AUGGAUAGGUUUCGCAAAUCCCUCAGCGUACGCAAGAAGAAAGAGCCCGAAACCACCGAAUCAUCUAGACCUCAACUUUGGAUUGAAGAUGAAAGGAAAAUCAAGGAAGGUUCCUGUAGCUUUCAAGUCAAAGUAAGCCUUCUAUGCAAAAUUACUCCCAGUAUCUUGGUUGUAUUGAGGUCUUUGAGUCUCGAGAGAAAAACCCAACGAGCUCUUCUGUAUGUUAGUGGCGAUGCGUUACGAGUCUCUGAUGAGAUUAGCAAACACUUGAUUGUUGAUCAAACCAUCGAGAAGGUAUCUUUUUGUGCUCCUGACCGUGGUCAUGAUAAGGGUUUUGCCUAUAUUUGCCGUGAUGGGGCGACUCGUCGGUGGAUGUGCCAUGCGUUUCUAGCUAUUAAGGAGUCGGGCGAACGUUUGUCACAUGCGGUUGGCUGUGCAUUCGCCAUUUGUCUUGAAAGGAAACAGAAGCGCGAACGCGAUGCGGUGCAGGCUACUUAUGCUAACGAAGAUGGAACUUUCGUCCGAAUGAGUUCCUUCCGUCAGACUAGUCUUUCUGAACGUCUUCUUGAUCCCCAAUCUGCGAUUGUUGUUGACCACCCUGCCGAGGCUCCAUCUAAAUCUCACGUCUCGGAGGCCAAGAUGGAUAACGGAACCAUAGUUCCAUUUGAAAUUGGGCCUGAUAAGGGUGCAAUCCCACCGAAACUCGGGAGCGGCGCCAUUCCUCGACCCCGUGCCAGUCCUUCCCUCAUUGAGCGUCAGACGUCAUUGAGGCUGUUCCCGAAGCUACAGGAAACUAGUCCUUUCAAACAUCAUUUUUCCAUGCGUUCAAGGGAUCCGGGAGCCUUAACACUGCAAAGAACAAAUCUUAUUAUGAAUGGGGCAACGAUCCCCGAGGAAACUAGUACCGAGUUGGAAGAGACGUCAGGUACAAAUCAUUCGGCAGAUUCCAUGACGUUGCCCUUGAGAAGGACAUCCCAAACUCCCCAACCGGCUAAUUUUGCAUUCCGUAAUCCUCUAAUCACUGGGAUAACGAGGGUAUCACCCACUUUCCCCGUAUCGUUCGAUGAGAUUGAUACCUCAGCCACUGGAGGUCGGGAGGAGAUUGAUGACCUACUUGCUCUGGAUCCCUUUUCCGCCGCUCCCUUCAACCCUGCCACCAUUCAACAGCAUCAGACGGCUCAGCAGCAACAACAACUGCGGAGUUUGAAUAAUUUUUCUUCAAAUACUACCUCAUCCAUACCUCCGUGCGGAGUUUCACUGGCAGCGUCACCGGCACUUUUUCCACUCUCUGACUGGCCGGACAUUGCUGAUGAUGGUGGUAGCGACGGGAGCGCUAAAGUCUUCUCUGCGCCUUUCACUCUCACGUCGAUGGAAGUUGCUCCCGUUACGUCAUUUCCUGAUAAUUCGGAGCUGAUACCGUCCCUCCAGUCACAUUCUGCAGGCGGUAAUGCAUCACACGUAGAAGCGUCUCCCCUUUUCCACUUCCCAUCCUCGCCAACUACUACCGAAAGCGCCAUUUCAUCCUCAAAUGCGAUGAUUCUCUUUGGAGCAGAUGUCAAAUGCCAGCCGUCGUUGGCUGAGUCCUCCACAGUGACCACGGUGUUUGCGGGUGCACAGCGGCCGAGUCCUGAGACGGCCCUGACACAAUGGCUACCGGGUCGGUUGCCACACAAGCAGAUCACUUUUGGUGUCGACCCCUUCGACCUUGACUGGGCGGAACGGGCAACUGCGGUGGCCAAGGGCCAACUGGCGGCUUGCUUUCUCGCCUCCUCUACCACCCCCUUAGGACACUUGCCGGCAGCACUGCCUCCUCAUCCUCCUACUGCUGCUGCUACUGUUUGUACCAAUCCAUUCCUCGUCCUUCCCCCUGAUGAACGUUCGUAUUCCACCCGAGAACACAAUUCCACUAAUUGCACACAUUUUGUCACUAUGUUGGUAGGUAGUUCUCCCCCGAUCACUGUAGACCAGAUGUGCGACGACGAUGCUCUGCGUUCCAAAUACGCGCAACUUGGAGUUGAGUUCAAGAAGUUACGCGAAAGGUACCGUACAAUCAAAGAUCGCCUCAAGGAAUCUGUUGAUCGUGUUAUUCAACUUGAGACCAAGCUCUCAGAUCAAGCCAUCCAUACACGCAAUCUUGAGCAUGAAAAAGACGGUUUAAUUUUUCGGAAUCAAUACCUUAUUAAACAAGCCGUCUUUCUUGAAAAGCAACUGGAAGCUGCUAACCAGAAACGUGGUCAUUCUAUGACUAACGGCUGUUUCGUUGAAGGGCUUUCUCAAGAUGCUGCUCUUAAGAAUGCUUUACAGGAGGUUAAUAACCUGCGUGGUGAGUUGGUAUCGCAAUCGUCAAAAUUUUUGGCUAGGAUAGCAGAGCUGGAGUCCUCAAAUCCCCAUUCCUCAAAAUCGCGAGGUAUUUCGGUGUCUAUUCAAACUUCAACUUUUUCCAACCUCUCUCCCCUCACUCAGUCCUCCUCGUCUGUUGAUGUCACUUCAUCUUCCCUUGAUGCGAUAUGCUUGCAAGAUAUCGAACGUGAAAAUUUGACUACCAAUACCUUCGCUAUUAUUCCCCAUGCCCUCGCCUACAGUGAGACUUUGAAAAAUUCCCAAGUUCAAAGUCCUGUCUCCAGUCUCGACGCAAUUAAAACUACUCCAAGUUUUUCUCUUCAGCCAGAUGUGCCCAAUCGAAAGCAUUCCUUACCAGAACGUGGGCCUGGUUCAGCUCAUUCCCAAAUCCAUUUGAGUUCGAGAGAGAAUUUACUUCUUCAACGAAUUUCUCAGCUCGAAAACCAGCUUGCAGAAGUGUCUUUGCAGCAACGCCUUGAGACGAGGCGAAAUCAGCUUGUGCAGCAGGCACUUCCGGGCACAGUUACAAAUGCCUCUACCGCAAUUCCCUCUACCGAUUUUGACGCUUCAAUCGAGGAAAAACUUCGCGCAGAAUAUUACAAGGAACAAUUACUUGAUCGCACCAAGCAGCUCAUACUUUAUGCAGGUCGGGUGGCAGACGCUUAUAAGGAAAUCAGAAGUCUGCACGAGCACCUAAGGUGCGUGGGGAGUGAUGUGGAGAGGCACAGGCGGGAGGCCGCGUCGGCUGCAACGAGGGUGAACAGUCUAGAACAGGAGUUAGAAUCGACGAAACAGCGCACGGCUAAACAACUCACCGAUAUGGCCCUCCAUCUAGCCAAUCUCACAGACGACAUCCAUACACUCCGAGGCAGCGGAAGCACUGCUGGUGGUGCCUCUAAAUUCGUUCUUCAGUUCCCUAUUAAAAUGAUGUAG